CAGCGCCUGUUGGGGCAGCCUUGGGGUUAUUUCUGGCGGGACGGCCCGCCGUGCUGUGGGCCUGGUACCGGGAGCGCCGGCCCGGCAGGGGCGGGGCAGCCUUAUCAUCGGGUUCUCCGAGCAGUGCUUCCAGCUCCAGAGCAAGGCGGGCCACCAUCCUCUCGCCAUGGGCUCUGGGCCGCGCGGGGCGCUCAGCCUAUUGCUCCUGCUGCUCACGCAGCCUAGCCGCCCGGCCGCGGGCUGUCCGGCACCAUGUAGCUGCGCCGGGACGCUGGUGGACUGCGGGCGCCGCGGGCUGACGUGGGCCUCGCUGCCCGCCGCUUUCCCACCGGACACAACGGAGCUGGUGCUGACGGGUAACAACCUGACCGCGCUACCACCGGGGCUGCUGGACACGCUGCCCAGGCUGCGUAAGGCGCAUCUGGGCGACAACCCCUGGCGCUGCGACUGCCGCCUGGUGCCACUGCGUGCCUGGCUGGCGAGUCGUCUGAAACGGGAGCUCUACCGCGAUCUGCGCUGCGCCGCGCCACCAUCCCUGCUCGGCCGCGUGCUGUCCUACCUGACCGAGGAGGAGCUUCGUGCCGCCUGCUCGCCUGGAGUGCUCUGCAGGGCGUCGCUGGUGGCACCGCUGGUGCUGCUCGGCCUCGGGCUGCUGCACGCGCUGCUGCUGGCGCUGCUGCUGUGCCGCCUGCGGAGGCUGCGCGCUCGCGCCGCGCACCGCCUGUCGCUGACCGCCCCGCUAGUGGCAGGACCAGCUGGAGACCCGAGAGGAGAGGACUGGCGCUGAGCAAGGCGAGCCUGCCAGCUCCACAGGACCCUGCCCGAAGGAGCCCUGGCCCUAACCCGGACCCAUUCUCCUCCACUCAGGCACCAUUUCCCAGGCCAAACACCCCCUGCAGGCCCUGGCCCACAGGGGCCAGUUGCUGAAAGCCCACCCUUAAUCCCAGGGAGUCCACGCCCCGAAUGCGCAGGCAGAUCCAGGGGACCAACUGCAGCCCAAACCCUGUGGAGUCCUUCAUGCCAAACUCCAGUGCAGAAUAAACCCUUCCCCAAUCCGA